AUGAAGCAGGAGCACAAAUCAUGCAAACGUCAGCUGUCAUUUUCAGCGGAUGUGGUGGAUACCUUCUGCUUUCGAUGGCCGGCAUUUCGUUGCUAUGUUCUUGUCCGCGUACUUGAUUCCACCAUUGCUCUUUUACCCAUCCAAUCUCGACGUGCUUUUCUUUACUUUCAUAAUGCGCCAUUGCCUGGAACACCCACGCCGCCAUGCACACCUACUUCCAUUAAGCAUCGAGAAGCAUCACGCAUUCACCACAUGUUUCACUCGUGGAAGGAUACACUAGCAUUAUCAGACAAGCAAGACGACAGCAGCAGCAGCAGCAAGAGUAGUAAUAGCAGUAUCAACAACACGAGUAUCCAUGAAGAAGGGGAUCGAGUGACCAAGAAUGAUCAAGACGAGGAUCCAUUACCAAGCUCUGCUGUAACGUUGUCAGAUGUAUUACAAGAUCAGCCCAAUCUCAAGGAGGGUUGGAUUCAUGCUAAAUGUCAAGCACGCGCUGAUCCACAAACUUCCACUGCACUCAUCAUUGAAUCACCACAAAACCUUUUAUUACUCAAGGCGCGAAGUAACCAAGAACGACGCAUGUUUCUCAAUCUUGUCAAACUUCAACAACUCAAGCAUCAUCCAUCCUCCUCAACAACAACAACAUCAUCAUCAUCACAAUACCCUUCCACGAUCCCAACAGCACGUCAACUCGUCAACCAAUACCGAACGCAAUCCCGGCAUCUCUAUGAUAUGAUUCGACGUCUUUCACACAAAGUACAACAAGAUCAAGAGACGAUAGCAGCCUACACUGAACAAUUGACUUCGCUUGAUGACGCAUGGGAUACGCUCGCCAAUGCUGUUAGAGGUGCUACGAGUAACUAUCAUCAAGGGGAAGGAUCUAUACAACAAUUCCACUUAGAGCGUACGGAUCGCCGACUACAAAAGACGAUGCAUGGAUACAACGAGCUUGCAAAACGAAUGCAUCAUCUUGAUGAACAUAUCAAAGCCAAUCCCGAUGCUGUUGGUACUGCCCGCGUUCGACUCAUGCUGGAUAACCGCAAUCUUUAUCGUCGACGGUGCCUGAGAUGGCUGAUGAUGUUGAUCGUACUCAUCAUUACAAGUAUCAUUGGGCUGGUGGUUUAUCGUUAUUAUUCAUCAAGGUCAUAG